UGAUUAUUGUUAAGGUAAAUACGCCUAAUUGUUAUGGUUUUUAAUUAACCUUAAUCUUUGUUAAUUAACCUUUUCCUUAUUUAAUUAACUGUGAUAGAAAUAAUUUUGACCUUUCUCUCUUCAUUUUAGUUGUUUUAGUAUAUUCCAUUUGAUUGUGAGUUUGUCUGCAGAAGGAAAAUCAAAAUGGGCUCUCUCUUACGUAGUGAAGAAAUGAGCUUAUGUCAACUGUUUCUCCAGUCUGAGGCCGCUUAUUUGUGUGUUGCCGAACUCGGUGAAUUAGGCUUAGUGCAAUUCCGUGAUCUUAAUCCGGAUGUCAAUGCAUUCCAAAGGAAAUUUGUCCUUGAAGUUCGUCGUUGUGAUGAAAUGGAAAGAAAAUUAAGAGUCCUUGAGAAGGAAAUUAAAAAAGAUGAGAUUCCAAUGUCAGAGAUGGGAGAUAUACCUGAUGCUCCUUUACCAAGAGAAAUGAUUGAACUGGAAACAACAUUUGAGAAACUUGAAAAUGAACUGAAAGAGGUCAAUUCUAAUGCUGAAGCAUUGAAAAAAACUUAUCUUGAGUUAACUGAAUUGAAACAUAUUCUCCAAAAGACCCAACAAUUCUUUGAUGAGCAAACAUCUGAUAAAGGUGUAAGGAGUCGCAGGUUUAGUGAGGUUCAACAUUUUAACGCUGCGAUGAACACUUAUUUGAGCUCUGAAGGAUCUCCAGAGCGUUUUGAAACCGAUUUGGGAUUCUUAGCUGGUGUUAUUUUACGAGAACGUCUUCCCGCUUUUGAACGGAUGUUAUGGAGAGUCUGUUUGGGUAAUGUCUUCCUACGUCAGGCCGAAAUUGAGAAACCAUUGGAAGAUCCAGUUAGCGGUGAUCAAGUUUACAAAUCGGUGUUUAUUAUUUUCUUCCAAGGAGAACAACUCAAGACUCGAGUUAAAAAGAUUUGCGAAGGGUUUAGGGCCACUCUUUAUCCAUGUCCUGAAACUGCUGUUGAUCGGCGAGAAAUGAUCGCUGGUGUUGUUACUCGAAUUGAUGAAUUGAACACUGUUCUAAAGCAAACAACUGAACAUCGUCAUCGUGUUUUGGUUGCUGCCGCUAAACAUAUCAAGAAUUGGAUUGUUAAGGUUAAAAAAGUUAAAGCGAUUUAUUUAACGUUGAAUAUGUUCAAUUUGGAUCUUACUAGAAAAUGUUUAAUCGCUGAAUGUUGGUGUCCGGUUGAUGAUAUGGAACGAAUUCAUAUUGCACUUAGAAGAGGAACAGAGAGAAGUGGAUCAUCUGUCCCAUCGAUUUUAAACAGGAUGGACACUAAAGAAAUACCACCGACUUUUAAUCGUACUAACAAAUUUACCCAAGGUUUUCAGAAUUUAGUUAAUGCCUAUGGAGUUGCUGCUUAUCGAGAAAUUAAUCCAGCUCCAUUUACCAUAAUUACUUUUCCAUUUCUGUUCGCUGUUAUGUUCGGUGAUGCAGGUCAUGGCCUAUUGAUGGCACUUUUUGCUCUCUGGUUGGUUCUCAAGGAACAAUCAUUAGCGGAGAAAGUUAAAUCCAAUGAAAUAUACAAAACUUUCUUCGGUGGAAGAUAUUUAAUCCUGUUGAUGGGCAUUUUCUCGAUAUACACUGGCCUUAUUUAUAACGAUGUCUUUUCAAAAUCUUUGAAUCUUUUCGGCUCAUCUUGGAAAGCAUCUCCGGUACCUUCAUCAGGCUUAUAUCCGGAGACUUUCAUGUUGGAUCCCCAGAAACAAUUCACUGGAAAACCUUAUUGGUUUGGAAUGGAUCCUGUAUGGGCAGUUUCAGGGAAUAAGAUUCUAUUCCUAAAUUCAUACAAGAUGAAACUUUCCGUUCUUCUUGGAGUUGGUCAAAUGUUAUUCGGUAUAGUCCUUAGUUUCUACAACCAUCGUUACUUUGGUGACCGAAUCAAUAUUUUGUGCGAAUUUAUCCCUCAAGUGAUCUUCCUGUUAUCCAUCUUUGGUUAUCUUAAUCUUCUUAUUUUAGCUAAAUGGAUUACAUAUGAUUCCACACAAUCAGGUUGUGCACCAUCAAUUUUGAUUACAUUAAUCAACAUGUUCCUUUACAAAUAUCAAGACACUCCUUGUUCAUUAGCACCAAUGUACUCGGGGCAACAAUUUAUCCAAACGGUACUUUUAUUCACCGCUCUUGCCUGCAUUCCAUGGAUGUUGAUAUUCAAGCCUUACUUUUUAAAGAAACGUCAUGAUGCCCAGAAAUUGGCAUCAAUUCAUUCAUCUAACACCGAGAACCACAAUGGCUAUAAUGCUGAAGGCGAUGUUGCCGUUUCUAUUGAAACAGAUGCACCAAGUGCAGGAGGAGGAGGAGGUCACGGUCAUGACGGUGAAUUUGACCUGGGAGAUGUAAUCAUCCAUCAAAUCAUCCACACCAUUGAAUCUUGUCUUGGAUCAAUUUCCCACACCGCUUCUUACCUUCGUCUUUGGGCUUUAAGUUUAGCUCACGCUCAACUUAGUGAAGUCUUAUGGACUAUGGUCUUGCAAAUUGGUCUAUCGGGCGCUAAGAUCACCGGAGGUUUUACCAUGUUCGUUAUUUUCUGUUUCUGGGGAUGUCUAACAGUCGCCGUACUUUUGCUCAUGGAGGGUUUAAGUGCUUUUCUUCAUGCUCUCAGAUUACAUUGGGUUGAAUUUCAAAGUAAAUUCUACAAAGGUGAUGGGUACAUUUUCCAACCAUUUUCUUUCGAAGUGAUUCUCAAUAAUGAAAGUGAAGAAGUCGCCUAAUCAUAAUUGCUCACCUUCCAUCGACUAUAAUCACAUUUUGUAACUAAGAAUUCUGGUCUCAAAUUUUUUCGAUUGUUUUACUUACCCUUGUCACACCUUGUUCAUUAUUCAAUCUCAAUUAUUAUUCUUGUAACUAUUUAUUCAGGAGAUUUAAAAUGAAAUCAAGAGUCUUUAUUGUAUUUUCAUCGUAUGCGAAUCAAGAAUUAAAAAAAUGAUCUUUUGAUUAUCUUA